AUGGUUUCAAGUGCUAGAGGAAGUCAAAGUACUACCGGUAGUCUUCAGGUCCCGUCCUCGGCUUACAUGGAGAUCCAAUCGCCUUGCUCCCAGACAAGUUUCCGUGCUGCUAAAAUGCGUCGUCGCAAGAUUGAAAUCGAGAUCAUUGAGGAUGCUCAUAAGGGUCCAACGUGGCAAUUUCCAGGCUCAGGCUCCUCGGAGCACGUGCAGGUUCCUCAGGGUGAAUUGGCUGAGAUUCAAAAGGAGCUUGACCAGCCCAAGAAGCUGCUCGGAGAGCUGACGGCUACUGCUAUUUCUGGCAACGACAUUUUGUCCAGUGUCUUGUACUCAGCGUCAUCUGUGGCUGCUAAGUCAGGCAAACUCAUGCCAAUCCCAUUGCUUAUGGUAUCUAUUGUGCUCUACUUCUUCCGAUUCAUCUACGAAGAGGUAGUUACUGCUAUACCUCUGAAUGGAGGCACUUACAAUGCCUUGUUGAAUACAACAUCUAAACGUUCAGCCGCUGUGGCCGCCUGUCUCAGUAUCUUGUCGUACGUGGCCACGGGAGUGGUUUCGGCCACAUCAGGUGUGCGCUAUCUAAACAAUCAAGUGGAUAUUUCAAUCAUCGGAUCUACAAUCAUUUUGCUAGGAGCGUUUGCUCUUCUGGCGGUGAUGGGGAUCACAGAAAGUUCUCGCGUGGCUGUCGCAAUCUUCUUGCAUCAUAUUGUCGUCCUUUUGAUCCUCUUCGUGUCAUGCAUGAUCUAUUGGUUUAAUCACUCGCACGUCUUCAAGGACAACUUGCACGUCGGAUAUCCUGAAGUGGACUUUGCUGGAUCAAUGCUUGACGGUAACGUCCUCACGGCAAUUAUCUUCGGCUUUGGUGCAUCCAUGUUAGGUAUCACCGGAUUUGAGUCGUCAUCCAAUUAUGUGGAAGAACAGGCUCCGGGUGUCUUCCGUAAGACGCUUCGCAAUAUGUGGGCACUUGUCACAUUCUUUAACAUUGGGCUAAGCAUCGGUAUACUUGCUGUGCUGCCCCUUGAAGGUGAUGAUGGCAUUUACAACAACUCGGCUGAUCUUCUCGCGAUGGUUAGCCGAGAAGCUGUGGGGAGCUGGUUUGAGACGUGGAUUAGCAUUGACGCCUUCAUUGUAUUAAGUGGUGCCGUUUUAACGUCGUACGUUGGUAUCUGCGGUCUUGUUCGCCGCCUGUCAGCGGACCGUGUGCUUCCUGCAUUCUUGGCAAAGACAAACAAGACGCGCGGUACCAACCACUACAUCAUCGGCAUCUACUUUCUAUUGUCAGCGAGUCUCGUGCUCAUUCUGAACGCCGAUGCUACUACCCUUAACGGUGUGUACACGUACUCCUUUCUUGGAUUAAUGGCAAUGUUCUCGUGCGCUUGUAUGUUGCUGAAAGGCAAGCGUUCGGAAAUCCCCCGUGAUAUCCACGCGCCAUGGGCCACAGUAAUUAUUGGCUUUUUGUUGGUUCUGCUGGCCAUUUUUGCAAACCUCCUUGGUGAUCCCAAAGUGCUCAUGUACUUUGCCAUCUAUUUUAUCGUCGUGAUGUUUGCGAUGUUUGUCAUGUUCGAGCGUGUGACGAUUUUACGUUAUACACUAGUUUUGCUGAAGCAGAUGGCUCCCUCACGCUACGGUAAGGCUGUUGUAAUUGGUUAUACGGCGAAUGCUUUGUCGGAAGUGGAGCACACCGGAGCUCGAGGAGGCCGCACUAUCGCUCGCACUAUUAUCAGUAUCCGAAACGCCCCCAUUGUCUUCUUUUGUAAAGUUCCGAAUCUCACGAUCAUCAACAAGGCUAUCAUCUACGUGCGCCGCAACGAGCAGACUCACACACUGCGUAUUGUCCAUGUGUUUGAAGAUGAAGAGGCAGAUGCCCUUGUGCUCGCGUCUUUCCGUGAGAUGGCGGCGCUAUUCGAUAGCAUAUAUCCAAAAAUCCGCGUGGACUUCGUGUCGGUACGCGGCGAGUUUGGUCCGGCAAUAAUCGAAUGGCUUUCACGUACGAUGAAUGUGCCUCGCAACAUGAUGUUCAUUACCCAACCCGAUUUGAUCUCGGCCGAGCGCGUGUCGGCGGCCGGUGUCCGCGUUAUAACGGCAUGA